CUUGUUCAACCAGCAUGUCUCAAGCCGGCCCCCAUCGCCGGGCACGCCUAGCCGAAAUUCUCCUGCUGUGGGCCAUUUUCGUUUUCAACCUUGUGACCUUCGGCAUCAACAUUCAGAACAUAAGGAGCACAUCCCCAUCCUUUAGCUUCGGUGGCGGCGGCGGUGGCGGCGGCGGACGUCGGGGACGAAAGGUGCUCGCACGCGGACAACUCAUUGGGGAUGAUGUCUUCUUGAUUGAGGUAAAAUGGCCAGCGCCUGUGGGCCUCGCCAUCGACAUCCUCAUCCUCCUUUUCGUUGGCGCCCUCCUGCUCCGCAAGCACCGACAGAAAUCCAUUACCACGAGAGUGGAAGCUCUGGGCCUCGCAACCGCUGUCGUGGCAUCGUUGGUAGAGGCUGCCAUAAACUACGUUACGGUAUGGGAGUAUGUCACCUCCACCUCCCAAAUCGACUGACAGCAGGCUUGCAGCAAACGUCAGCUAUGCAAAGGCUGUCCUCAUAUUCUCCGUGGUCAUUUUCCUCGUGGUGUAUACUGUCUCCUACGGUUUGGGGUGGAAGACUACGUUUCCCGAGGACAACCCUGCAGCAGCUCCUGGUCCGAUUGUCGCGCCCCGACCGCCUGCCCGCACAGCCCAGGUUGUCCUGUACGUCCUUUUGGGCCUGUUAACUCUUGGAGGAAGCUUCUACGGCUUUUCCGACUGCCUAUAUGCGAUGUUCAAUUGGCACAAUAGAGGAUUAACCCUUUUACUCAACCUUGGCAUCAUCGGCUUGAUCCUUACACUUGUCCAGUUUCUCAUCUACGGUUUCGUCUUAGCUUAUCUCCUUGGAUCCCAUCUCAACCCGGCAUUGCGGGCUAUCGCUGUCCGCACGACCGUUAUCACGUUGUCUGUCUCCGCCCUCCUCCUGUCCGCAGUCUCAUUAUCAACAUUGGCCGUGGUUAAGGUGAGGGGUCCGAUCAGGAUGAUGUACUUCGCGAUAAUUCCUUUGUCCGUGGCUUGCCUCGCAAUUGUGAUUAUGCUCUUUGAGGCCAUCUAUACCAAAGUGCACCACAACACUCCUGCGGGAUGGCGAAGCCGCUUCGCCAUGCCGGAAUCUGCCAUGCAAGGCACCAUCCCACCGCCCCCACCGCCCAAGUGGACCGACACGGCCUCUACCCCUGGCCUCACCACCGGGGUUUCCACACCCACUGUGCUGCCAUACAGCGCUCCCACCACCCAGAUGCCCGCCCAGCCGAACGCCGUGUAUCCUGCAUACCCCCAGCCAGACGUCACGCAGCCUGGGUAUCCCGCCCAGGCCGGGUAUGCGACCCCUCCUCCAGGCGGAUAUGCUCCUCCUCCGCCAGGUGGAUUCGCUCAAUCUGCGUACGCACCCCAGCCCGGCUAUCCGACUCAGCCCAGCUUCCCAACUCAGCCCGGAUACGCCCCCCAGCCUGGAUAUGCGCCUCAGCCUGGAUCCGCGCCUGCGUCCGGGCACCAGUCCGGCCAGUGGGUGUUCGUUCCUGAGGGGCAGCCCAGGCCUAUGAGCAUGCACGGCACGCUGCCCAGCCCGCCAAGCGGGCCCCAGAGGCCGUAAGCUUCAUAUCCUUCCAAAGACCUGCGGCCUUCGCUAGAACAAGGCUCAGGGCAAAGACCAUAGGACUUUAAAUGCACUGUUAUCGGCUGUUGCGAAGGAGAUUGCCCCUACUCUCGACUUGGCAACAGCCUGACGCUGGAGCGGUGUGCGCCUUGCCUAUGUAUGCGAA